AUGUUGGACCCUCCAGAAAGACUCCGCAAGGCGAUUGUGGCAGGCAACUUGGCCAUCUCCAAACGCUUGUUGGCCCGCUUCCCGGAGCUUUGGCUCAACGUGGACCCGGCACACCAGGGCUGGUGCAACCUCCACUACGCGUCCUUCCACGGCCACUACUUGGUGUGCUUCCACCUCGUCUCGCAGAUGAGCCGUGUGCGUCUAAAUGAAUCUUCGCUUUGCGACCUCGAUCUCGUGACUUUCGACGGUUUGACUGUCUUACACAUGCCGCUCCGGCAUCACCACUCGCAGACGCUCCAUUUCUUGCUCCAAGAAUUCCUGGGGGCCCGCUGGCUCGACCGCCGGGGCGGCCCCGUGCAUCGUACGCCACUCCACUAUUGUUGCGUGUUCCGCUUCAUUGACGGCGUGAAGUUGCUCUUGGAGUACGGUGCAGACUGGAGACUUCCGGAUGCAAAUGGCGACACCUGCCUCCACCUUUGCUUUGCCUACGGUGGCCUUAAAUGUAUUGAAGCGCUUUUGAAUUAUGUCAUG